AUGCACAUUAUGUGCAUGACUUUGGCACAUGCAAAGUGCAUGAAGAAAUGGAGGCUCUUAGACAACAACAUGACGAAUUCUGCAAACAUUGCCACGGAUAACUUGAAAUAUUUGACAGCUCUGGAGAAAUAUUUGGAACCUCUUUAUAGGAGGAAUCCGGAGCAGUUGCCAGAUACAUUGAGUCCUUUAAUAUUCACGAUAAGGAUGAUCUACCAUACAUCGAAAUACUUUAACACAACAUACAGGAUUGCUACGCUUUUCCAAAAGAUAAAAGAAACCUGCGAUUUGCAAGUAAAGUUUUCACGUCUCCAAUCUUCGACUCUACCAGGAAUCGAGUACUAUGCAGAAGCUUUCACCAAGUUGUUCAUAACACUUGCCACCAAAAAAUAUGACCCUUUAGCACACAGGAGAGAAGAUUUCGACAUAGACUUUAUGGAAUACAAACAAUCAUGCCAGAAUGUCCUUUUAGAAUUAAAGGCUUUCGCAAGGGCUAGUUUGGAACCUAUUUUAGAUGUUGAAAAUGGACUGAUGCUGUUGCAACGUUUCGAUAAAUUGAAUUUGAACGCACUCAGGAUCGAAACGCUUUAUAUGGAGUUGAUGGAGAAGUUUGCGAAGGAGAUUGAAGAUAUUCGAGAUAUUUACAACUUGGAACGUAUAAAUCCGCCAAUACCAAGAAAUACACCACCGGUCGCUGGUAGAAUAAUGUGGGUUCGAAGUUUCUAUCUUCGCUUGGAAAAUAUCAUGAAUAUCUUCAAAACCAAAGACUGUGUCAUCCAGCACAAGAGAGCUCGCCGUUGCAUAAGGUUGUACAACAGUUUGGCCCAGGUGCUCCUUCAUUACGAAAUGUUAUACCAUACAUCUUGGUGCGAACACGUCAUCAUGAUCAAACACGCGUUAGCAGUACCUUUAAUGAUGAGGGAAUCGAGAACAGGAAUGCUUCGAGCUAAUUUUAAUCCUUAUGUGUUUGAAGUUCUAAGGGAAACAGAGACUAUGUGGGGCCUUGGUUUAGAAGCUCCUGACGAAGCAAUGGUCAUAGCCUACGACAAGGACAAAUUGAUGAGGAUGUACGAACAGAUUGCCAGGCUGGCUGAUCAGAACACGUUAAUCAGAGGAUCAAUUCCUAAAUUAUUCCUGAACCUGAUGCGAGCCCAGCUGAUGAAACUGGAUAACGCCUACAGGGCAGCGACUUGCACCAUUUUAUGGACAUCCUUGAAAGUCAACGAUUUUAUAACGAAUGUCGAAGAAGUUUUGACCAGGGUCAAACUGUUCACCAAAGAUGUUGCCGAUAUCAAAGACGCCCGUUGUACGAUAUUUUUAACGAGAUCAUCAGGACCAAGAAAGGAAUUGCAGACAAAAUCUAUUGCCUGUGAGGUUGCUUGUAUGGAGCUGGUUAAUAAGUUGAUUGAUUCGAUUAUUCCUGAGGAUAAACCGCAUAAAUAUGAAUGGAUGGACCUGGAAGAGGCUGCUAAACCUGUAGGGUCGUCGUCGCAAUUGAUAAAACAAUAUGCAGAGUUUAAGGAAGUCGAUGAAACAAAUCUGAGGGCUGACAUCAACAAUGUGCAUGCUGAUGCUAUUUAUUUGUUCGCCCAUUUUAGUCAGAAGAUGUUGGACGCCUUGGUGAGGGCUACCAAAAAUUCUUUGGAGAUACUCAAGGAAAGAGUUACAGAAUUGAACCCUGCCAAACCCAAAAACGCUCCAGUCCUUUUGGCAGACAUGGAGCUGAUGAUACCAAAUGCAGUAAUUAAACCACCAUUGGAACAAUUGAAUGCUGCUUUUCAGAGGGUCAUCAUGAAUGCUAUAACUACACACACUGCCAUUACCAGCUGGGGCAGGAAUGCUCCUACGAAAACAAAUCGAGAUGGUGUAAAAGCUGGUGGAAUUUACUUGAAGGAAAAAUACAGAACUUACUACACUUUGGUAUCGGAGCACAAGGAUGUAGUCAGGGCUGUUGUCAAUUUAGCAGCUGAUAUUCUCGAAUUGAGGAGGGAUUUUGAAAAUUUAACAAAUUCGUUCAAAGUCUAUGAACAUCUGUGGUCAGAAGAUCGAGAAGACCAGGUCAUCGAAUUUGUAAAUACGAAACCUCUGGUUGCUGAUAUUCGGGAGACUUUCAGGAUGUACGAUGACAGGGCUAUUGCUAUCCAGAAUUUGCCCGAGACUUACCAGAUUGGAAUCAUACUUAUCAGAACAGAGAAUUUGAAACGAGCUUUGAUCAUUGAAUCAAAUGCCUGGAAGAAACUUCUAGGAAAACAUUUGUUGAUUUACAACAAGCAGAUCUUGGUCGAAAUGGUAGACUUUAUCAGCCAGCAGACAAAAUUGUUGGCUAAAGAGUUAAAGGAUUUGGACGAUGUCAGAAUGGCUAUGCAGUGUUUGGAGGUUGUUCGAGAUAAUUUUAUCAGAUUGGAUAUGUCCUUGGCUUUGAUGGAAGAGACCUAUGCCACUUUUGCCCAAUUCAAUGUUGAUAUACCUCGAGAAGACACAGAUCGUGUGGACAGUUUGCGAUAUAACUUUAAGAACAUGCUCGAAUCCUCGAACAAGCAAAAGGACAUCCUCGAUCUGCAGCAAAAAUUGCAAAAGGAACUGGAAGAUGGUGUUUCUUCCUUUGCAGAAGACGUGGAGAGAUUUGAUCGUGAAUUUGACUUGAAUGGACCUAUGGUACCAGGAUUGGCAGCCAGAGAAGCCAGCGACAGAGUUUUGUUAUUCCAAGCAAGAUUUGAUGAAUUGUGGCGUCGUUUUGAAAUGUACGCCUCCGGAGAAAAAUUAUUCGGAAUGCCCGUCAAAGAUUAUCCAAUUCUGCACAAACGCAAGAAGGAGUUCAACUUGCUCAACAAACUUUACGAUUUGUACUUGAAGGUGAACAGAACCAUCGAUGGAUACUUCGAUAUGCCAUGGUCAGAUCUCGAUAUUGAUGUUAUAAUAACUGAACUCGCUGACUUCCAAAACAGGUGUCGCAAAUUGCCAAAAGGCAUGAUGAAUUGGCCAGCAUAUUUGGACUUGAAGAAGAAAAUUGAUGACUUCAAUGAGACUUGUCCUUUGUUAGAGUUGAUGGCAAAUAAGGCGAUGAAGGAUAGACAUUGGAAACGUUUGGAAAAUCUUACAAAGUGUACAUUCGAUGUGGAAAAUCCUGCUUUUACUUUGAGGAGCGUCAUGGAGGCACCUUUGUUGAAACAUAAGGAUGACGUCGAGGAUAUUUGUAUAAGUGCAGUCAAAGAAAAGGACAUCGAAGCCAAACUGAAGCAAGUCAUAGCCGAUUGGGCAGUCAUUGAUCUAAGUUUUGCUAACUUCAAAACCCGUGGCGAACUUUUGAUAAAAGGAGCAGAAACACAGGAAAUUGUCACAUUGUUGGAAGAUGCUUUGAUGGUCCUUAACUCUUUGCUGUCCAACAGAUACAAUGCUCCGUUCAAGAAGGAUAUUCAACUUUGGGUGUGGAAACUGGUGACCACUUCAGAAAUUUUGGAAAAGUGGUUGAUCGUCCAGAAUUUGUGGACGUAUUUGGAAGCUGUCUUUGUAGGCGGUGAUAUUGCUAAACAGAUGCCGGCUGAGGCUAAACGGUUCAGUACCAUCGACAAGUCCUGGGUCAAAAUAAUGUUUCGUGCCAGGGACACCCCCAACGUCAUAGACUGUUGUGUCGGAGAUGAGACUAUGAUUCAACUGCUGCCCUUUCUUUUGGACCAGCUGGAAACUUGCCAAAAGAGUUUGACAGGUUAUUUGGAGCAGAAGCGCCUGUGUUUCCCAAGAUUCUUCUUCGUAUCUGAUCCUGUUCUGCUGGAAAUUUUGGGACAGAGUUCUGAUCCUCAUACGAUACAACCACAUUUGCUGAGUAUCUUCGAUGCCGUUGCAAAGGUUGAUUUUGAUGAGAAACAAUACGAAAAAAUCAUUGCUUUGAAAUCAGCCCUGAAUGAAACCGUUAAUCUAGAACACCCCGUCAUUUGCAUCGGAGGCGUCGAAAACUGGCUAACAAAUCUUUUGGCGAGCAUGAGGGAAUCCAUAAAGGGCGUCUUGGCUCAUAUGGCGGUUAAUUUGGCAGAUCCGGAGUUUGAAUUCGUCAAACAGUUUCAAGGAUUUUGCGGACAGGCUGGUUUGGUAGGCGUCCAAAUUCUAUGGACUAACAAAUCAGAACAAGCCUUGCGUCGUGCCAAAGUCGACAAGGGCAUCAUGAAGAAAACAAACCAGGAUUUUCUGGAUUUACUCAACAGUCUUAUCGAAUUGACCAUUUUGGAUCUCACCAAAAUCGACAGGAUAAGAUUUGAAACCAUGGUCACCAUUCAUGUCCAUCAGAGAGAUAUCUUUGACGAUAUGGUUCGUCUGAAGAUCAAAUCACCAAAUGACUUCGAGUGGCAGAAGCAAGCCAGAUUUUUAUAGAGAGACACUGAUGAAGUCAUUGUUGGGAUAACUGAUGUCGAUUUUAUUUACCAAGAUGAAUAUUUGGGUGUUACGGAACGUUUGGCUGUUACACCACUUACUGACAGAUGUUAUGUGACUCUGGCCCAAGCUUUGGGCAUGCACAUGGGAGGUGCUCCUGCAGGACCGGCAGGAACUGGUAAAACAGAGACCACCAAAGACAUGGGUCGUGCCCUUGGAAAAUUGGUCGUCGUGUUCAAUUGUUCUGAUCAGAUGGACUUUAGAGGUUUGGGUCGCAUCUACAAAGGUCUAGCCCAAUCCGGUACAUGGGGAUGCUUUGACGAAUUCAACAGAAUAGAAUUGCCGGUGCUAUCCGUAGCUGCUCAGCAAAUCUACAUUGUAUUAAAUGCCAAGAAGGAACACAAGGCUUUCUUCAUAUUCAGUGAUGGUGACACCGUAUCUAUGAACCCUGAGUUCGGUUUGUUCUUAACCAUGAAUCCUGGCUAUGCUGGUCGACAGGAGUUACCAGAGAAUUUGAAAAUCAUGUUCAGGACUGUUGCGAUGAUGGUUCCUGAUAGACAGAUCAUUAUUCGUGUCAAGUUGGCUAGUUGUGGAUUUAAGGAAAACGUUAUUUUAGCUCGUAAAUUCUACACUUUGUACAAACUUUGCGAAGAACAAUUAUCGAAACAAGUGCAUUACGAUUUUGGACUCAGGAACAUCUUGUCUGUUUUGAGAACUUUGGGCGCACAAAAACGUGCGAAUCCUUCGGAUUCUGAAGAAACCUGCCUUAUGAGAGUCUUGAGAGAUAUGAACGUUUCAAAACUGGUAGACGAAGAUGAACCCUUAUUCAUUUCCCUUAUCGAGGACAUGUUCCCGGGUAUCAAAUUGAGUCAUUUUGUGUACAAGGAUUUGCAGAAGGCUUUGGAGAACCAAUCGGCUAAAAUGAGUUAUGUAAAUCACCCUGAAUGGAAUUUGAAGUGCGUACAAUUGUACGAAACGUCUUUAGUCAGACAUGGAUUGAUGACGAUGGGACCGACCGGUUCUGGCAAAACUAGUUGUAUACGUUGUCUGAAUGCUGCUAUGACUGAAUGUGGACGUGUCCACAAAGAAUUGAGGAUGAAUCCGAAGGCUAUAACUGCUCCACAAAUGUUUGGUCGUUUGGACGCUGCCACCAACGACUGGACUGAUGGAAUAUUCUCCACUUUGUGGCGCAGGACUUUAAAAAUGAAGAAGGACGAAUUUGUUUGGUUGAUUUUAGAUGGUCCUGUUGACGCAGUAUGGAUUGAAAAUCUGAACUCUGUCCUGGACGAUAACAAAACUUUAACUUUGGCCAAUGGUGAUCGUAUCGUGAUGGCUCCAAAUGCCAAACUGGUCUUCGAACCAGACAACGUUGACAAUGCUUCACCAGCCACUGUUAGUCGGAUGGGAAUGGUGUUUCUGAGUGCAUCGGUGCUCAAGUGGCAACCCUUUUUGGAGGGUUGGUUGAGGCCGAGAAGGUCAAACGAAAUCGACUGUCUAAAGAGGUGCUUCUAUAAAAUCUACGAUGAUGUGCACACUUUUGUGCAGACUAAACUCAAGCCGAAGAUGACUCUGCUGGAAGCUAUUUAUAUCAGACAGUGCUGCGAUAUCUUGAAUGGUUUGCUUCAGUAUGGAGUCGAAGAAAUAGUUCACAUGUCGGACAGACACAUCGAACGACUAUUCCUCUUUGCCGUCAUGUGGUCCUUAGGAUCAUGUUUGGAAUUAGACGACAGACAAAAAAUGCAGGAAUUUGUACUGAAAGGAGGCACACAUAAGAUGGACUGGCCUAAAUUGCAGCCUGAAGAAGCUAUAUUUGAAUUGGUCACGGAGGAAGGACUGUGGCAACACUGGAUAAAUAGAGUCGAGGAGUUUAUAUAUCCUGAUGACAGUGUACCCGAAUAUGCCAGCAUUUUGGUUCCUAAUGUCGACAAUGUCAGGACUGCAUUGAUUCACUUGAUUGCACAGCAAGAAAAAGCAGUGCUUCUUAUAGGUGAGCAAGGAACUGCAAAAACAGUCAUGUUGAAAGGCUACAUGUCUCAUUAUGAUCCCGAAUAUCAUUUGAGCAAAAGUUUUAAUUUCUCAUCAGCAACCACACCAAAUAUGGUGCAGAGAAUUAUUGAAUCCUAUAUGGAAAAACGUGUGGGUACUACUUACGGUCCUCGCCAGAAAAAAAUGACGAUUUUCAUUGAUGACAUCAAUAUGCCUGUUUUUAACGAUUGGGAUACCCAGGUGACCAAUGAAAUUGUCCGCCAGUUGAUGGAGUGUCAAGGUUUCUAUUCACUGGAUAAACCAGGAGAAUUCUCCACGAUUCAAGACAUACAACUGGUUGCAGCCAUGAUACAUCCUGGUGGUGGAAGAAACGAUAUUCCUCCUCGUCUGAAAAGGCAGUUUAAUGUCUUCAAUUGCACUCUGCCCAGUAACAAAUCUAUGGAUUUGAUUUUUAAUAAAAUUGGAGGCGGCUACUUCUGUUCGACCAGAUUUGAUGAAGAGAUUGUAGACUUUAUGCCCAAGUUAAUUCCUGUCACACGUAUCAUGUGGCAACAGACAAAGGCAAAGAUGUUGCCGACACCAGCCAAAUUCCACUACGUGUUCAAUUUGCGCGACUUGUCCAGGAUUUGGCAAGGAAUUCUAAAUAUUCAACGUCUGGAGUUGCCGGAUAUACAAAUGGCCUUCAAGCUUUGGAGACACGAGUGCACUCGAGUUAUUGCCGACAGAUUUACCUCCUACACGGAUCGUGACUGGUUCGUCAACAAUUUGAAAAAGGUUAUCGAAAAAUUGUUACCAGAGUAUGUAGAGUUAUACCCUGAAGAAGAAACGUUCUUUGUAGAUUUUCUACGAGAACCACCAGAUGUUACAGGAGAUGAACCUGAAGACUUUUGUUUCGAUGCUCCCAAGAUAUACGAAGAAAUUCCAAGUGUGGAGUUUGUGCUGAUGAAAGUGCAUCAAUUCAUGGCAUCCUUCAACGAGACUAUUCGUGGAGCCAAUAUGGACAUGGUGUUUUUCCACGAUGCUUUGGUGCAUCUGUUUACAAUAUCAAGAAUUGUCAGAACACCAAGAGGAAAUGCUUUGCUGGUGGGUGUCGGUGGAUCAGGAAAGCAGUCUUUGUGCAAACUGGCAUCGUUUAUGGCUAAUUAUCAGUUCCACCAAAUCACCAUGACCAGAUCAUACAAUGCAACUAAUCUUCAAGACGAUAUCAAGUUCUUGUAUAGAGUCGCUGGACAAAAGGGACAGGGUAUAUCAUUCAUUUUCACCGACAACGACAUCAAAGACGAAGGAUUUUUGGAAUACCUAAACAACGUGCUAAGCUCUGGUGAAAUUGCAAAUUUGUUCCCGAAAGACGAAUUAGAUGAGAUAACAUCAGAUUUAGUUCCCAAAAUGAAAAAGGCACAGCCAAAACGAGUACCAACUGGUGACAACUUAUACGACUUCUUUAUAGAGAGAUCCAGGGCCAAUUUGCACAUCAUUUUGUGUUUCUCACCGGUUGGUGAAAAGUUCAGAAACAGAUCACUCAUGUUCCCGGGUUUAAUUUCUGGUUGCACGAUGGAUUGGUAUCACAGAUGGCCGAGGGAUGCUUUAGUUGCUGUGUCGGAACACUUUUUAGGUAAUUUUGAUAUGGUGUGUUCUCCUGAAAUCAAAGAAGAAGUCAUACAAAUCAUGGGUGUCGUGCAGGAUGGUGUGGCAGAUACUUGCAUAGCUUAUUAUGACAAAUUCCGUCGCCAGACGCACGUGACACCAAAAUCCUACCUCUUCUUUUUGGACGGAUACAAAAAAAUCUACAAGGACAAACACGAAAAUAUUGCCUUGAUGGCUUACCGGAUGACCACGGGUUUGGUCAAACUGGUAGAAGCUGGUGAGAGUGUCGAUAUUUUAAAACAGGAAUUGGAAGUUAAAAACAAGGAGAUUCAAGUCGCUUCUGCAAAGGCCGAUAUUGUGUUGGCCAGUGUCACAGAAUCCCAAACAGCUGCCGAAGCAAUCAAAGUAGAAGUGUUGGAGGUGAAAGAAAGAGCCUCCCAACUUGUGGAGGUUAUUUCUGAGGAAACAGCAGUUGCUGAAGGUAAAUUGGAGGAAGCCAGGCCUGCUUUGGAGGCUGCUGAAGCCGCUUUACUGACUAUUAAAGCUGCUGAUAUAGCAACUGUCCGUAAAUUGGGCAAGCCUCCAUACCUAAUUACAUUGAUUAUGGACGCCGUUUUGAUUUUGUUCAAAAGGAGAGUUGAACCUGUUCAUCCUGAUCCUGAAAAGCAAUUCUUGAUGCCAUCGUGGAACGACUCUCUUAAGCUCAUGGCAGAUACAAGAUUCUUGUCAAAUUUAAUCCAGUUUCCAAAGGAUGAAAUUAACGCUGAGACUGUAGAUCUUAUGAUUCCUUAUCUAAAUUACCCCUUGUACACUUAUCAAAAUGCAAAAACUGCUUGCGGUAAUGUAGCUGGUCUUAUCCAGUGGACAAUGUCGAUGGCACAAUUCUUUGGAAUCAACAAAGCUGUACUUCCCUUAAAGGCUAAUUUGGCUCGUCUCCAAGGCAAGUACAUGCGUGCCAAGGCUGAUUUGGAUGCUGCAGAAUCUUUGCUGAAAGCCAAAGAGAAGGAAUUGGCAGUUGUGCAGGCUGAGUUUGAUGCUGCGAUGGCUUUGAGACAGGCCGUUUUGGACGACGCGGCAAAAUGCCAAGCCAAGAUGGACGCAGCUUCGGCUCUGAUUGGUGGACUGUCCGGUGAGAGAGUGAGAUGGACAGAGCAAUCUGCACAGUUCAAGAGCGAGAUAGACAGAUUAGUCGGGGACGUGCUUUUACUAACGGGCUUCUUGUCGUAUGCUGGACCGUUCAACCAGGAGUUCAGACAGUUAUUAGAAAAAUCAUGGUACGAAGAGAUGUUUUCGAGAAAAAUUCCAGUAACUGCAGGACUGAAUAUGGUCGAUUGCUUAACUGAUACUGCAACUAUUGGUGAAUGGAAUCUCCAAGGUCUACCAAACGAUGAACUGUCUAUCCAAAAUGGUAUUAUUGUAACAAAAGCAGCAAGAUUUCCACUUUUGAUUGAUCCGCAGCAGCAAGGCAAAGCCUGGAUUAAAAACAAGGAAAAAGAGAACCAUCUCAUUGUAUCCGCUUUGAAUCAUAAAUACUUUAGGAACCAUUUGGAAGAUGCAGUCUCUUUAGGUUAUCCGAUGAUUAUAGAAGACAUCGGAGAAGAAUUAGAUCCUGUCUUGGACAAUGUACUCGAGAAGAAUUACAUUAAAAUGGGAAACAGUUACAAGGUGAAAGUUGGUGACAAAGAAGUGGAUGUGUCUUUUGAUUUCCGUCUGUACAUUACGACUAAACUUCCAAAUCCAAGAUACACUCCAGAAGUGUCCGCUAGAACUUCGAUGAUUGAUUUUACUGUAACUAUGAAAGGUCUCGAAGAUCAAUUGUUGGGUCGUGUCAUUCUGACGGAGAAGAACGAAUUGGAAACAGAACGAACUAAUUUGAUAAUGGAUGUGACUGCAAAUAAGCGCAAAAUGAAGGAGCUGGAAGCUAAUUUGCUGCACAAAUUGACAACUGUUCAGGGUUCCCUAGUCGAAGACGAGACUGUCUUAGGAGUGUUGAACAUUACCAAAACCACAGCAACUGAAGUCAGGGAAAAACUCCAAAUCGCCUCCGACACAGAAAUCAAAAUCAACGCUGCUCGUGAAGAAUUUAGGCCAGUGGCGGCCAGAGGCAGCGUUCUCUAUUUCCUGGUCACCAAAAUGGCAAUGGUGAACAGCAUGUACCAGACGUCCCUGGUUCAGUUUCUGGAACGUUUCGAUUUGUCGAUGGCCAGAUCGGAAAAGAGUCAAAUAACCAGCAAACGAAUUCAUGCCAUCAUCGACUAUUUGACCUACGAGAUUUUCAAAUACAAGAGUCGGGGGUUGUACGAGGCCAACAAGUAUCUGUUUGUGCUGAUGAUGACUAUGCAGAUCGAUUUGCAGAGGGAGUAUAUUACUCAUGAGGAGUUCCAGAACUUUAUAAAAGGUGGUGCUGCCUUAGAUCUGAACGCUUGUCCAGAAAAACCAUUUAAAUGGAUCACUGAUGUAACCUGGUUGAAUUUAGUCCAGUUGUCAUCUCUGAGACACUACCAAUAUAUUUUGUCCCAUGUGCAAAACAAUGAAAAGGGAUGGAAAAACUGGUUCGACAAAGAAGCACCAGAGGAAGAACCUUUGCCAGACGGUUACCAGAUGCUGGACGUUUUCAGAAGACUGCUCAUGGUUAGAUCGUGGUGUCCAGAUCGAACCCUGGCACAGAGCAGAAAGUAUGUGAUGUUGUCCAUGGGUCCAAAGUUUGCAGAACCGGUUAUUCUUAACUACGAGACACUUUUGGAAGAAAGUCGUCCCAUGACUCCGAUGAUUUGCUUUUUAUCUAUGGGUUCAGAUCCGACACCGUAUAUUGAAUCGUUGGCCAAAAAAGUUGAAAAUACUGUAGGGUCUAUAUCUAUGGGCCAGGGCCAAGAGGUGCACGCGAGAAAGUUAUUGGAUGAAUGUAUGCAAACUGGUGGUUGGAUUUUGCUCCAAAAUUGCCACUUGGGCCUAGAUUAUAUGAACGAGUUGACGUUGGUGUUGCAGGAAACUGAAAAAAUAGGACCAACAGCUUAUCAUCCAGAUUUUCGAAUUUGGAUAACAACUGAAUGCCAUCCAAAGUUUCCUAUAACUUUGCUGCAGCAGUCGAUAAAAUUUACGAAUGAACCUCCUGCGGAAAUGGAUAAAGAAAAUUUCAAGACCGAUCCCCAUGCAUAUAUGCCUUUCGCUAAAAGCCUGCGCCCGAAGGAGACAGGACCCGCAGCCCCAAACAUGACAGAGCAGAACUUUCCGUCGUUGGCAGGAGGCUCCGGUGCAAAGGGCCCCCAGAUGUCACAAAUUAAUAAUUGGAAUAGAGGCGCCGCCAAUAGAAAUAAUAAUAGGAAUGGACGCAGACGUAGGCGAGGCGGAUGGGAGGCUCAGCAAGGCCAACAGACCAAUACCACUCAGGCGAUGUUGGACACCAUAAUAUCUAUCCAGCCGAAGGAAUCUGGCGGCGGAGGCGGCGAGAGCAGAGAAGCAGCAGUCACCAGGCAGGUGCUUGAGAUGCAGUCCAAGUUGCCGCCUGAUUACGACCCGUUCGAAGUCAAAGAGAGAUUGAGAAUAAUGGGUAUUUUAUCUUCGAUGAACAUUUUCCUUCGGCAAGAAAUUGAUCAGAUGCAAAGGGUCAUCAAGUUGGUUCGGAUUACGCUCAAAGAUUUAUUGUUGGCCAUUGAAGGAACCAUCAUUAUGAAUGAGGCCCUUCGGGAUGCCCUAGAUAAUAUCUACGAUGCCCGUAUACCCAACGCCUGGCUUCGUGGCAGCUGGAAGUCCAGCUCUUUAGGUUUCUGGUACACCGAAUUGUUGGAAAGAAACGCCCAGUUUUCGACCUGGUGCUUCAAGGGACGCCCCGUGCAGUUUUGGAUGACUGGGUUCUUCAACCCCCAAGGUUUUCUAACUGCUAUGAAGCAGGAGGUUGCACGUGCACACAAAGGUUGGGCCUUGGACAUGGUGUCUUUGCACAAUGAUGUUCUGAAACAAAUGCAGGAGGAGGUUGCUGUGCCACCGGCGGAGGGUGUCUACGUCUAUGGUCUCUACAUGGAAGGCGGUGGUUGGGAAAGACGUCUUGGUCGUAUGUGCGAACCCAUCAGCAAAAUUUUGUACUGUGUCAUGCCAGUGGUGCAUAUCUAUGCCAUCAACUCUGUGGCUCCGAAGGACCCUAAACUGUACAUGUGUCCUGUUUACAAGAAGAAACAACGUACGGAUUUAACUUACAUCUGUCCAUUGUGGUUGCCUUCGGCCAAACCACCGGAGCACUGGAUCAUGAGGGGCGUAGCACUUUUGUGCGAUGUCAAAUAA